CCCGGGCGCUUGUUGAGAGAAGACGUGUUUCUGUAAUUGUGGAAGAAAAAAAUUGAUAAAUGGUGAAAUAUCUACAAAAUUUUAGUAUUGAGUUGUAUCAGAGUGUUCAAUAGAUAAAAAGCUGACGAAGUGUUGUAAAACGGUAAUUAAAAAGUGUCUGAAUAAGUGCUAAAACUAAAAAGUAGUUUUGAAAUCAUCCAUUGCUAACGGAAAAAUUUAACUGUGAACAAAGGAUUGGACUUUGUACUCAUUAUUAUCUACUCAUUGUUAUUGAGAAGAAAUCGUAAAAAGUUCAUACGAAUUAAAAAUUUCGCAACUUAUGAUCAGUUACUUAGUGGUCUAGUGGCUUGCACAUAGUUUAACGGCUAACACAACACUCGUUAGGGCGUAAGAUCAAAUCCCCGCAUAAAGUUUUUUUUUUUUUUUUUUGGUUUAUUUUAUUUUAUUUUAUUUUAUUUUAUUUUUUCUCUUUAAUAAUUACAACGUUUUAAAAAUUGGUUAUAUACGAUGUCGUCACAGAAGACUUGUGCCGGGUGUCAUAAUUCUCUGCCAAGGAGGGAGUAUAUGAUUUGUGUCACGUGUAAGCUUGGAUACGAUUUGCUUUGCGCAAACUUGACAUCUAAACACUUCUAUCAGAUGGAUGCAGAAAGUAGGAAUAAAUGGAACUGCCAACAAUGUCGCAGUAAGCUACCAAAAACAGGUAAUUCGAAUACUCCUGUACGUAUAACUAAUCAUCCCAUUGCUUCUAAGGAAGAUUCCAUCCUGAGUCCUAGUGAGGAGAGUAAUGUUACUACGAGAAUAAAAAAUAAAUGUUCCAAGUCUGGUAACAGCGAUUCUUGUGUAACUGAGGAGAGGUUGCGCAUGAUUAUAAAACAGGAAAUUACUGACACUAUUAAAUCUCUAGUAUCCGAGCACCUAGCGAACUUAAACCUUCAAGUAUCUGGGUUUCAAGAGUCCCUGUCAUUUAUAAGCAAACAAUACGAUGAUCUUAUGCAGUCUGUUAACGAGAAAUCAGAAACAAUCAAUAGACUGGUUUCAAAGAACGAAAAAUUAACAACACAGGUUAAAAACCUGACGGACAGACUGGGGCAGAUAGAGCGAAAUAUGCGCGUUUGUAACGUGGAAAUUACAGGUAUUCCCGAACACAAGUCAGAGAACCUCCUGAGCACUGUUGAACAACUUGGUAGAAUUGUCGAGAGUCCUAUUGCUGAAUCUGAUAUAUUACAUGUAACAAGAAUUGCCAAAUUAAACAAGGAGAGCAAUCGUCCUCGUUCUGUCAUCGUAAAGCUUCGCAGUCAGCGACACCGCGAUGAAUUAUUGGCUGCAGUGACACGAUUCAACAAAAAGAACAAGGAUAAUAAGCUCAACACCGAGCAUCUUGGACUCGGAGGACGUCGCGAGCCCGUAUUCGUAUCUGAACACCUGACGCCCACAAAUAAACAUUUACAUGCUGCAGCCCGAAAGAAAGCCAAGGAGGCUGGGUUCAUGUUUGUGUGGAUACGGGAUGGAAGAAUUCUUGCGAGGAAAAACGAACAAAGUCAUGCUAUUUAUAUUAAAGACGACGAAAGCUUAAAGUUAUUGCUUUAAAAUUAGCCAAGUAGUAGUCAAUAGUAAUUUUUGCCACAAUGCCUGUAAAUAUUUAUUAUCAAAAUGUGCGGGGCUUAAGAACUAAAACAGAGGAUGUCUUUAAAAAUAUUCUGAUUAAUAACUACAACGUAAUUGUAUUUACUGAAACGUGGCUCAAUAGCAAUAUAACGAACUUAGAAAUUAUAGAUAAGCGUUAUAUUGUUUAUAGGAGAGAUCGAUUGUGCUCAGAAACUACUAAAAAAGACGGAGGGGGGGUUUUAGUCGCUGUUUCUAGGGAUAUACCGUCUUUCAGACAUUCAAGCUGGGAGAGCGAUGCGGAGGAUCUAUGGGUCUCAAUUGAUAUAAAAACAAAUAACAUUGUUACCAAAAUACUAAUUUGUGUGGUAUACCUUCCUCCACCAGUAAACCUGGAAAGCCUUACUCGGUUUUUAGAGCAUACUAACGAUAUUUUGGACAAAGCUGAUCAAGUUAUAAUGUUGGGAGACUUCAACAUGGGCUUCAUUGGUUGGUCUCGCAGUGUGGACGGUGUUUCAUGCAGUGCAUUUAAUUAUGAUUCACCACAGGGUCUGGCACUCACUGAUUUCAUGGCGCUAAAUAAUAUUACACAAAUGAACCCUAUUCCUAACGAGGAUGGCAGAGUGCUGGACCUUGUUCUAACCAACUGUGUUCCUUUAGAGGUUUCUAACUCCUUAAAUGUUAUAAGUAAAAUUGACCGAAAGCAUCCUCCGUUAUUGAUUACUGUACCGGAACUAAAACCGAACUUACUUAAACCAGCCCAAAAACCUCGACACAACUUUUUCAAAGCGAACUAUGAUCUAAUCUUGGCUCAUCUUAGGGAAAUUAAUUGGUCACAACAGUUCGAUAGGUGUCAAAACGUUAACGAGAUGACCACAGUAUUUUACCGUAUUUUAAACAAUGCCGUGAAAACAUACGUCCCUAUUUUGAAGCCAAAAAAAAGCAGGUUCCCCUCAUGGUUUAGCAGGUCUCUGAUCAGAAUAAUCUUGG